AUGGGCGACUCAACGGAGGAGCCAGACACAAAGCACGCAGGAGACAAGUACGAAGUGCCCACGUACGAGGCACACUCCUCGUUUGACAGCCUGAAACAACGCAUACGGCAACACUAUGAGAUCGCUUCAGACUAUUACUACUCUCUGUGGGGCCAACACAUCCACCACGCCUACUUUCUCACUUCGGAGGACACCAAGGAGACGGGUCAAACCAACCUGAUCAACCUGCUGCUCGACAUCUCCAAACUUGCACCCAAUUCCACGGUUCUCGAUGUUGGCUGUGGCAUUGGCGGCACGACGCGGCACCUGGCACGCGAGCAUGGCUGCACCGUGACGGGUAUCACAAUCAGCGGACGACAAGUCCAGAUCGCCAAGCGUCUCACGAGCGAUGAAGCGGCCCGAGAUUCCAGAAAUACUUCUUCGAACGUGGUGGCAACGACGACGCCCUCCUCCGCAGGUCGCGAUGGCGCAGACAAAUCAUUCAUGCCUCUCGGGUCCAAGAACGGCCGAGUGCACUAUUUCGAACUCGACGCGGAAAAGAUGGAGAGCCGCUUCUCACCCGAGUCGUUUGACUGCGUCUGGAUCUCCGAGGCACUGUCCCAUUUCCCCGACAAGGCCUUGUUCUUCCGCAACGCGGCGCGCGUGCUGCGCCCUCACGGCGGCAAGCUCGUGCUGGCCGACUGGUUUAAGUCGGCGCCCCUGACACCCGAGCAGAUGGAGAACGACAUCAAGCCCAUCGAGGACGGCAUGCUGCUGCCGCCCCUCAAAACCAUGGCCGAGUACGUGGCCCUGGCCGAGGCGGCCGGCCUGCGCGUCUUCCACGCGCCCCAGGACAUCUCCCAGCAGGUAGCCCGCACCUGGGACAUCAGCUGGGAGUUGGUCAGCAAUCCCAGCCUGUGGGCCUUUGCCAUCUCCCAGGGUCGGGACGGGCUCGCCUUUCUGCAGGCCUUCCGAGCCAUGAGGCGCGGGUACAGCAAUGGCACAUUCCGCUACGGUGUCAUGUGUUUCGAGAAGGCGUGA